AUGGAGCGCAGCGCCAAACGGUCACUGGAUUGCGGGUGGGGGUUGGAUGGGAACAGAGGAAGGGCGCUUACACCGGGGGCGCGUACCUCUGUUUUUGUUUUGCCAAUACACCCACUCAUCAACUUCUGGCGUCAAGAAAAUUCGCCCAAAGGUGAACGCUUGUUUGCCGAAAUGCUUCAGCCCGCUUUUUCCGGAGGGAACCAGGAUGUCCUCGACAAGAUGUCGCACUUGAUGCGUUGUCAGACAAAGCGCGAUCUUCUUGAUAAUGGCGCUCAAGCUGCUUGGCCACGUUCGUAUGAGGCGGUGCUAGAGCAACCUGGUGAGGUACGCCUGAGAGGGGCUUGCACGGCUCAGAUGUAUGCGUUGGCAAGUGGAAUCAUGAUGCAGCCGGCAACAUACCUUGUUCAAAAGCGACGCACUCGCGACCCCAAACAAGGAGAAGGGCAAAGGCAAGGAUUGACGCGUGGUGAUUGGGCCAUCAUGGGCGCUGUCGCGGUUUGCGGGCCGCGGCCAGAGAGGGAGCCAAGAACAACAACAGGCGGGCUUGCCUCGUGGGAAGGUCCGUUUCUUUCACCGCACGGUAGGCUGCCGCUGAUGUCAGUCCGGCCCGGGUUGAUCCGCGACCGAAGCGGCAAAACAAAAUGGGAAAUGAUAAAAACACAAUGA